GCAACAACAAAAGAGGAAAACACACUUCUCUCGCCAAGUUUCUUACAAACUUACCUCGUAAACAUGACCAUUUCAAGUUAAACUUUCACUGUGGAUCCAUUCACCGGUCUGGUGUGAUUCCACCACCGGGAAAACGGAGCUGUUUUCCCCUCGUUUGAAGCUACUCUGCUCGGGGAGCCAGGCUAGCUACAGGAGCUAACGUGACACUGACUUCGGAUGGAUUCAAAUUAAUUGAUCAAACUAAGAAACGAUGCCUCGCAUGCAGUCCGGUGUGUGGAGGCAUUUUACUCCGGCCAUUAAAGAUGGCCGGGAAACCUUCAUGUGCAACUACUGUGCCAGGACGUACACGAAGAACGCCACCAAGAUGCAGAUGCAUUUGGACAAAUGCAAGGGUUACUGUGUGGUUUCCCAGCAGUCACCGGAGCCUGAUGGGAGCUCUGCUGAUGCCUCCAUUCCCGUUCCCUCCUUCCCCUUCUCACCAUCUGCCGCUCCGGGGGGAGAGUUCCUCAUUGAUUCAGUGGAUCAGCGCAGCCAGGCAUACGCUGAUGAGUGUCUGGCUCGAGCUGCGUACGCCACUUCCUCGCCCCUCACUCUCACAGACAAUGUUUAUUGGAAACGAUUUUUCAGCGUCCUGCGGCCGGCUUACUGCCCGCCCACUGCAGCGGAUCUGUCCUCUCACCUCUUGGACUGCGAGUAUGACCGAGUGCAAAACCAGGUUCACGACGCCAUAGGGAAAGCGGACUGUGUCACAGUCAUCUGCAGCGGCUGGUCCAACACUAACGAAACAGGAACUAUCGUCUAUGUUGUGGCCACUCCUGUUCCGCUGCUCUAUAAAUGCACAAACAUGAAGUCACAUGCAAGCGCUUCUAUUGCUGAGGAACUGAAAGAAAUCAUAAACGAGGUGGGACCUCAAAAGGUCUUUGCUGUCGUGACGGAUGACGCCCCGGAAAUGAAGGCUGCCUGGGCUCAAGUGGAGGAAGCGUUCCCACACGUGUCAGCUAUUGGCUGCACAGCGUUUGGCAUCCAGCAGCUCUUUGGCGACGUGGUGGAACAGCCAUCUAUUAAAGCAUUGUGCAGCAGAGCUGAGCAGGUGGUGCGGUAUGUGAGAGAACAGAAAUUAUCAGAAGAGAUUUCUAGACACCGGCCGACUACAAAGAUAAGAAACCACACUUCCAAUGGAGGAACCCUGGCACUGGCUGGAGGAUCUGACCGGAUUGGGGUGCUCAGCAUGUUCAGCAGCCUCCUGGAGGGUCAGACAUCUCUGCAGGAAAUGGCCAUCUCUCCCACACUGGACAUUGAAGCAUCCAUCAGGGCAACUUUACAGGAUCCUGCCUUUUGGAAAGGGUUGAUCAGCAGUCACGACCUGCUGUACACGAUCAGGAAUUAUAUUGAUUACAUGAAACGAGACGACACUGCGCUCUCUGGUGUUGUGGACAUGUUCAGUCAGUUGAGAUACCACAUCGGAGCCACUCUGUCUGGGUCCGUGCUGCACGGCACUGAACAGAAAGCUGUCUUGGCAUCGUUAGACAAAUGUCAGGAGUUCUGCGUAAAGCCCAUCCAUGCAGCAGCGUACAUGCUGGAUCCCAAGUAUGUCGGACAGCAGACACUCUCCGGGGAGCAGAUUAACAGUGCUUACUACGUGAUAUCCAACCUGUCACACCAUCUAAAUCUAGAUGCGGGCAAAGUGCUCGCCAGCUUCGCCAGGUUCUCUGCCAAAGAGGGACUAUGGAAGGGGGAGGGGAUAUGGAGCUCAUGCCAGCACGUGUCUGCAUCCACCUGGUGGAAGGGGCUGUGCUCCUCUGAGCCGCUGUCAGCCGUGGCCUCGGCUAUACUUCAGAUCCCUCCGACUACAGGAGCUUGUGAAAGCCUGCGGUCGCGGUUUGGAAGUACAGAGGUGGAAGGUCCUCUCUCAGCUGACAGGGUGCAGAAACUGAUGGCAGUGCAAGUGAAUCUCAACCUUUUAGAUCCAAGUGAGUGUGAGUACGCUCUGCUGGACAGUGAGGAAGAGAAGAAAGAUUUAUUUCAGUCUGAGACUCAGUAGGGAUUUUGGAUUCAUCAGCCAAAACAUGUAUUUUAAAACUAAAACAGUCUGCACACAAGACCCGACCUCAUAAAUUCAAUCUAGCAGCACACAAUUAUACAAACUCAUUCAUACCUUAAAUGUGACGUAUUUUUCUCAUCUAGAUAUUUCUGUAUUAUUCCUUGGGAAGUUGACGAGAACGGCAAGAAAAUGAAUCCUGACCUGUACCACAUAAUUCCACAAAGAUUUGUGGUUAUGUGUUGAAUAGUUUGUGUGAAAUCACUGAGACUUCAUAAUUUAUAGUUUAACCAUGAACUUAACUAUAAACUUUAGCAUACCAUACAUUUUUCUUGUAAAUGCACAUAAUUUCUGCGUUGUUUAUUCUGUCAAAUGAAAGUUUUAGGUUCUGACAGACGCCGAUAUGUCUGUGAAAAGGUCACAUUGGCUGAUUUAUAUCACCCAACCAAUGAAGGAGUUGGGUUCUGAUAGUACGAUAGAAAUGAGAUAUGAUGCAGUGUGUUUAGUGUAUCACACAGAUCAUUUGUUACACACAGCGUAUGAAUUAUGACAAUGUGGAGUUAGUCUGAACUCUCUCAGCUGUGAUUACACUUUGCUCACUUUAUGGAGUGACUGAAUGAGAAGCUUUGAUUUUGGUUUGGAUCCCAUACAAUGCAAACUCAUGUUGUUAGUUUUGAACUUGUAUUAACUUCAUAAUUCCAACAUGAAACGCUAGCUGACUGAGAAAUGGUGCAGGGUAAAGGACCGAGAAAUCAGCUGAGGUCAUGUCGCCUGCUGAUCUGGCCAAUGAGGAGCCAGCGCUGGUCACUGAGAGGAAACUGGAUCUGUCUCUCACUCAGCUGGACAGUAGUUUGUCCCUCACCCUGCACCAUAGACUAUACAUACAGAUUGAUUCUUCUCUGUUAAGACUGUUUACAUGAUGUAAAUAAAAUAAUUGGAUUUUUGAAUAUUGUGUUUGCUUUGAGUUAAAGACUUUUCCCCCCCAUAAAAAUGUUAUACAGAUUGUAUAAAAUAUAUUUGGAACUUAAUUAGAUAAAGGGCUAUUCCAAGCAGCCAUCUGCUAUCUUAGCUUAGCAAAAGUCACACAAAAAGAGGAAAACACAGCUUGUUGUUUUAUGAAGGGUUACGUACAGUUAUUGUUUGGUUGGCUACUAAUUGACGUCAGGAAAUAACUUCUUCACGCCAAGAAUAGAACCCACCACACAACCGCCUGUAAAACCAAACCUUCAUGUUUUUGCAGUGGGUUUUUAAAGUGGAAUCGAUCUUCUCAUCUCCCAGAAAAAGUCUAAAUCAAAAUGAAAGUAUUGCUUGAAGGAACAAAUUAACUCCAAUUUAAGUUAACCUUUAAAGAUUUAUUGAAACACAAUAAAGAUCUAGCUUGUAAGAGAAUAAAAAAAAAACAUCAGCCUCUUAAAUAGCAAUGAACUGAGGCUCAGUUGUGUUCUCACACUCACUUCUCCUUUAUCUCCUCUGCUGUUGGUUUUCCUCAUGGUGGCCUCGGGGGGUUUCGAGGCAGAGAUCUGGGCCUUGUAAAUACUCACGUUAUUAAUCUUAAUAGAAACGAGCCUGGACGAGCUGUGGAGGUGACUCUGCCUUGAAGGGAGCAGACCUUGUGUAAACCACAGACUCCUUUUCUCCACAGCGUCAGUAAAUCUCCCACUGCCUACGUCCCUCGCACUCUGCCGCUCAUUCGGCUUCGCAUGGGGAUUUGACGGCUCUGACAACAGACGUGUGGGCAGUAAAUAAGAGUGUUGGUAUAUAUCAUUUUCCAUGAUGUAUGUACUUAAUAGCAGGUGGCAGUGCGUCGGUUUUAAAGUUGCCCUUUGUGUGAUGCAGUCGUACCAGGCAGAAAGCAUGAAAUUACCCUUCGCUCAGGUUGUGGUUUCAUCCUGAUUUCAUCAUUUGUUGCAAGCCCCGGAUUUACCAGCGGUGACGCCACGUUGUCAGCUGGAGGUGUUUCUGUUUCCUGAUAAUUCAACACGCUACAGAACUUUGUUUACUGCUGCCCUCAUUGUCUGGUGUUGUUUUAUAUUUUGUAAUAAAGUCAA